AUGUCUGUUUCAAAAAAUAACAAAAUUUUUUUUAAAAUUGGUGAUAUUUUUAAUAAUAAAUAUCAUAUAAUUAAAUCUCUUUGUCAGGGAGAAUUUAAAAAUAUUUAUAAAUGUCUUAAUAUUGAAUCAAAAGUUUAUGUAGCAGUAAAAAUUAAUGAUAACAUUGAUGUUGAUUACAUAAUGUUAAAAAAUGAAAUAAAAGUUCUUCAAUGUUUAAAAAAUAAAAAUAAUAUAGUACAAUUAAUUUGUUUUGAGAAAAAAGAAGAAUAUACAUAUAUGGUAAUGACAUUACUUGGAGAUAGUCUUGUAAGUUUAAAAUAUAAAUGUGGUACUUUUACACCAUCUACUCUUGCAAGAAUUGGUGCACAAAUACUUUUUGGAUUGAAAAAUUUGCAUGAAGCUGGAUAUGUUCAUAGAGAUAUUAAACCUGGAAACAUUGCUAUUGGAAGGAAUAAUGUAAUGCAAAAAAUUGUUCAUAUUUUAAAUUUUGGAUUAUGUAGAAAGUUUCAAAAUAAUAAACCAGAAACAAAUGAAUGUUUAAUUUCAAGAAAAGUAACUUCUUUUUAUGGAACACUAAGAUAUUGUAGUCUUGAUGCUCAAGAUCAAAAAGAACAAGGACCAAAAGAUGACUUGAUAUCGCUUGGAUAUAUUCUUGCUGAUCUUAUUGAAUUUCUUCCAUGGCACGAAAUAACAGAUAAACUUGAAAUAAGUUUAUUCAAAGAACAAAUAACGAGCAAAGAACUUUUUCCUAAAUAUACAUCAUUGGUUGAUUAUUUAGAAUAUGUUAAAAAUCUUAGUUGUCAAGAAAUACCAAAUUAUGAAAAGAUGUUCCAUUUUUUUAAUAAAAUUAUUCAAGAAAAUAAUGCUAAAUUUUCUGAUCCAUAUGAUUGGGAGAUACUUUUUGGUGAGGAAUCAGAACCUAAAAAAAUUGAAGUUGAUGAUGUUGAUCCUAUUUAUAUAUAUAAGAAAACUCAAUUAGAUGAAAUUUAUUGUGCCGAAAAUUAUCAAAAUAUUUAA